AUGCCAUCCUGGAACGACUUCUUUGGGGUUCAUACUCCCGUGGCUCCUCCGGCCUUCACCUCUUCUCCCCCAGCCCCUUCCUUGAAGGUUUCUUCCAACGCUCCCCCCGACACUAUUGACUUAGUGGAUGACGAGGAGGUGCUUCCGGGAGAAGGCCAAGGGAAAGGGUGGGACUUCUCGGAGGAAGCCGUUGAGGGUGCGGGAGAGCCUCAAGCCCUUCCGGAGGUAGCAGAGGAGGACGAGGAGGAGCCUGAAGUGGCUCUGAUUCGCAAGCGUAAGGGCAAGAUGGUUGCCCAGGAUGAGCCGAAGAGGCCUCGGAGAGCCGACACUCCUGCCCAUGGCCUAGACGGCGGGGUCUCCCCGAUGGAGGAAAAUCCUGCUCCUCCCCACAUCGAGCUUACCCCGAUUCCGGGGGACGAGGUGAGGCAGGAGCUUCGCAUAGCCAAACACAACUAUGCUAUGGAUGAUUACUCCCGGGGGUAUGCCGAAGUGGAGGCCCUUAGGAGGAUUCUGCGAGCUGAGGUUGAGGCGAGCAUCAACCACCCGGAAUACCAGGAUCCGUGGGACCUUAAUCUGGACCCCUUAUCAGACUGGUUCCGUCGCUUCCUAGGGCCUACCUUGGCUCCCUUUGCCGCGGAGAUGACCGGCGAGUUCGCUUCUCAGCUCACACGUUGCGCGCCCAAGCGGUUUGCCACUUGCGCUUCCCUGAACUCCAUCUUCCAGGUCCAGGACCUCAGCCAUUCUCUCACGGUGCUUGCUGCUGAGGCUGGCCGCCUCUCCAAGAACAUCAUAAACCAUGGCUUCACUCUGUCCGACUUUGGGGACAUGAAUGACGUCAGGAAGGUCCUCCAAGACCUCACAGCGGAGAGCGGAUCUACCGGGAGGCUGGCGAGCGCCGGGAGGUUAUUGUCUUCAUAG